AUGCUCACCCACCUCCUCUCCUCUAUAACUGCCGGGAUCUUUCCACUCGCCCUCCCCGCCACCUUAUCCCCAUCCUUCCUCCUCGUCUUCUUCAUUGUUACGGCAGUCGUGUUCUUCCUGAUCACCCACCGGUCCAAUCCUGAAACCAAGCCUCGGUCCUGUCCUCCUCCAGCCCGGCCCCCCAUCCCCUGCCUGCCCCGGCUCCCCGUCCUGGGCAGCCUCCCGUGGCUGGGAGGAGGCCUCCCUGCACACCUCCUCUUCACCCAGCUGGCCCACAGGUACGGGUCUCUGUUUGCUCUCUAUCUGGGUCCUCAUUACACUGUGGUGGUAAACGACCAUCAACACGCCAAAGAAGUGCUGCUGCAGAGAGGCAGAGACUUCGCUGGACGACCGAGCAUGGUGACCACCAACCUGUUGACCAGGGGAGGCAAAGACAUCGCAUUUUCAGACUACUCUCCUCUCUGGAAGUCACAUCGUCGCCUUGUCCACAACUCGUUCACUCUGUUUGGAGAAGGAACCCGCCGACUGCAGGACAUCGUUCUGUCCUCUGUGGACAGUCUGUGUGCCGAGCUGUUGUCCAGUGGACGGCGUGGUUUUGACCCAUCUCCCGCGGUGACCAGGGCCGUCACCAACGUCGUGUGCACACUGGUGUUCGGUGCCACCUAUCGCCAUGGCGACACUGAGCUGCAGGAAGUGAUCCAAUACAAUGACGGCAUUGUGCAGACGAUUGCCAGAGGAGCGCUGGUGGACAUUUACCCCUGGAUGAAGGUCUUUCCUAACAAGUGUCUCAGUAAACUAAAGGAGUGUAUCGCCAUCAGAGACCGACUGCUGUCACACAAACUGGAGGAGCACAAGGCAUCACUCACUGACGGUGACCCCCGUGACCUUCUGGAUGCCUUGCUAAAGGGCCAGAUGGACAGCAGGCGAGGUAAAGAGUCACCUGGGCAGGAGGAUGAGACGAUAACUGACGACCAUGUCCUGAUGACAGCAGCUGAGGCUUUUGGAGCUGGAGUGGAGACGACAUCCACCACACUGCUGUGGAUCCUGGCUUAUCUGCUGCACCACCCGGAGGUCCAGGUGCGCGUGCAGAAGGAGCUGGACGAGCAUGUGGGCAGCGACCGGCAGGUCUGCGUGUCAGACCGCGGCCGGCUGCCCUACCUGGACUGUGUCAUCAACGAGGGCAUGAGGAUCCGACCGGUCAGCCCCGUGCUGAUCCCACACACCGCCAUGACUGACAGCAGUAUCGGAGUUCACUCUGUCAGUCGUGGGACCCGUGUUUUGGUAAACAUGUGGUCGAUUCACCACGACCCCCAACACUGGGACAAACCCGACCUGUUCAACCCAGAUCGCUUCCUCGACGACCAGGGCCAGAGGGUCACACCCUCCUGCUUCCUGCCGUUUGGGGCGGGACCUCGCGUCUGUGUCGGUGAAUCCUUGGCCAGGCUGGAGCUCUUUCUCUUCUUGUCCUCUCUGCUCCAGCGAAUGAGUUUCAGGCUGCCAGACGGGGCUUCCCCACCAAACCUGCAGGGGCGGCUAGGUGUGGUCUUGCAGCCAUUACCUUAUCAGGUUGUUGUCACUCCGAGGGCAGGUUCAGAAAAGUCUGAGUCUUCCAGUUGUAAUUACGACAUAGACGAUGAUAACUGCGUCCUGUUCUAA